GAUAUCCGCCGCUACCUAGAUGGCUUGUUUGUUUAUUAUGCAGUUGGUUAGCUAGCGGCUAAUGUGAGCUAAGUUAGAGACAGCUGAGUUAGAUAGGACUGUCCUUGUCCUUGUCCUCGCUACAGGCGGGGUGCCAAUAUUUUUCACAGCGCCUUGAUUGUUACUGAAUUGACCAACAAGAACAACAAAAAGGACAUCGGCUGUAUAUUUUUACUUUCUGCACAGUCUUAGACUCUUAGUAUUUUGCCAGCCUUUUACGAAGUGAUUAUGAUUUGUGUUCAUUUCCCACCAACGCUACAUUUCUUCAGCACGAACGAAAGAAUGGUUCCAGAGGCGGACUGCACUAAAAACUAAAGUGAUGUCUCUGAGUUCACUCCUGUGGAUGAGGCUCAGCAGCAGAUGCAGCACAAAUCAGAUACUUCAAAUAAGAGCUCUUUCGGGAGCCGAUACUGUUAAUGCACUCCGGCCUUUUUACUUUGCGGUCCACCCUGACUUCUUUGGCCAGCAUCCAAGAGAGAGGGAAGUGAAUGAAAACUCUCUCAAAAGAUUAAAUGGCUAUUUAGAGAGUCUUCAAAAGCCAGGCUUUAGGUCUGUCAAGCCUACAAAACUCACAUUUUAUCUCAGGGAAGUAAGGGGGGAAAUGGAGAGCAACAAUGACGUGCUGUGUUCUGGUUUCCGUUUGGUGUCUUUCACCCUGCAGGCUAAGGAUGUCCUGUGUGCAGUGGUGGAUGUUUUGAAGUCCUGUAGCUUGUCAGUGGAACACAUGCAGGGACUUCUCACAGCCAGAGCCCAAAGCCAAAACUCCGCACAACAAGGUGGAACUCCUUUCUAUCGCCCGAUUAAAUGGGACAAGACGUACUACGCAUUCACAGGUUUCAGAGACCCAGAGGAAGAGCUGGAACAGGCAAAGAAAGUGGAAACCACACUCAGUCUGUGGCUGAGGAACAAUGAACCAGAGGCCACGAAGAAGCAGAAGGCCAGCAUUCCACGACGAGCUGAGCUGAAGAGACUGAAGAGAGAGCUCAUUGAGAAACUGGGCCUGCUUGAUAUCAGGUGGCAGCGCAAAUGGGGAGUUGCGCACAGAUGCUGUCAGAUGCAGAGUUUGAGCCGCCUCUCUUCACAGAACCCAGAGGCCAUGCAUAAUCUCAGGGGGCACACAGUAGUCUUUACUGACCAAUCAGGAAUGAAUGUCUCAGGCCAUGUGAUGCUGGGAACAAUGGAUGUGCAUCAUCAGUGGACAAAGCUCUUCGAGAGGUUGCCUAGUUACAGCCGUCUGUUGCAGCAGACAGAGUGGCUAAAGGAUAGGAUCAGUUUCCUGUUAGGAGGGAUGCAGGUGAUCCAUAUGGAGCGUGUGGGUCUGGCAUUGCCUCUGGAAGACCACUAUAGCACCCUGAACACCUUCCACAAAAGUCUGCUGCCUCACAGACUCGCCCUGCACCCUCGCAGCCUACAGGGACUCGCGAUGACCCUAGAAAAUGACCGUUCUAGUCCUAGUCUCCAUGAGAUGGGCCACUUCAUCGUCCCCACCAUGUAUGACCCUGUUUACCUACAGAACUUCCUUCAGAGCAAUGCCCAGGAAGCCCACAAACGUCUACAGCACAAGGAGCAGUUACAGGCUGAGGAGGAGGAUGUGGUGUCCAUUUGUGUGCAGGGUCUGUCUCUGCAGAGUCUGUGCAAAGAGCCCAGUGUCUCCAGCAGUCAGAUGAUCCCGUGCUGCAGGCGUUUGAUCGAGGAGAGGUCUCCUUAUAUGCAGGGCCUGCACCUCUGCGUCUCACACUUCUACUCUGUCAUGCAGGACGGUGAUCUGUGUAUACCUUGGGAUUGGAAGGGCUGAUACACUCUCACAGGUGUUCAAAUACAAGCUGUGUGUGUGUGUUGAUGUAGGUGUGCAGGCUUGUUUAUAUGUAGUAUGUUAUUGAAUGCACUUUGGUUUUAUGAUGCUAGCAGGUGGGUGAUCUGCUUAUAAAUCCAGGAGAAGGGAACUUGUGUUUAUGUGUACUCUAAAUGUGAGCACUUGAAGAGUAGUCUCAUUUCAGUUUGCUGCAUGUGAUGGCCAUAAGUCAAAGGUUCAAUCAGGGUACUUUGUCAGAGUGACAGUUUCAGCUGAAAUGUAGAAUGUGGAAGCAACCAUGACCGACCAUGUUAUAGCAUGAUUACUUUGGCUGUCAGCCACAUAAUUCCUGCAAUUAAUGUCCAUUACUGGGAUAACUUUUUUAAAAGGUGUCUGAAACAUUUAGUGUUAAGUGUCUUUGUGUUGAGUAUUCCGAUUAACUCUAUAUAAACUCAACAAGUGACUGCCAGAGGAGGUACUGAAUAAGCUUUGCAGUAUUAGCAAUCUACACUGCCUGAAAGAAUUACAGUCUGUGUAAUACACCUGGUGUCCAGUAGAUGGCGCGCCUCUACAGUGUUAAGGAACUCUACUGAACAUGUGCCAAAAACAUCCGUUCCACUACAUUAUCAAUAAUUUGUCCUCCUAACUCAGUCUUGCAUUUCAUGUAAUAUUUAACAUUUUAAAUGGUUAUUACUAGAGAUGCACUGAUUACUAAAUUUCUCAGCCGAUACAGAUAACCGAUUAUUCAGAGUGAUAUCGGCCAAUCACUGAUAGUUCUGCCUUUUAUGCCUUCUUUUAAAUUAAUAAUAAUUAAUUCCACAACGCUGAAAGAAAUUCAAAUAAAAGCUUUGUUCUCUCCAUUUCAACAAGUUGUUUCACAGUAUCAGGUCGCAUAAACAGAAAACACAUUACUCUAAUUAACAUUAACACAUGAACUAAAUUCUGAAGAUUAAAGUAAGAUUUCUUAAUUUAUUGAACGUUAUUAAUUCAUAUUAACAUUGACUGAAUUAUAAAAAACCUCCUGUUAGGCUUCACAUUCACUCACCACAAACAAAAGCAUUUCAACUUCAUCAUUGAACAUCAAACUGGGAAUAUAUAGGCCUAAUACAAACUUUUUUUGAUGUACUGGCCCUUUAAUUCCGCGCAAGUAGCGCAGGGAAAAAAUUUAGACUCUACACCGAAACUCCUGUUUCACUGCUGCAGCAUCCGGUGUAAAAUUUUAACAGUGCAGAGCUUACAAACUGCAGUUUUGUCAUCAUUCCACACAAGAGACAUCUUUACACACAGCAUGAAAUUGAUGUUUUCCUGCCCUCUUUUGAUUGACAGGAUAUAAUCGGCCCUGAUCAUCGGAUGUUUUUAAGCUAUCGGCCAAUGGCCCAUAGCGGGGAAAAAUAGCCUUUAUCGGCCGAUGCCAAUUAUCGGCUGAUACAUCAGUGCAUCUCUAGUUAUUACUCUGUUUAAGUAUCUGACUACAAUAUUUAAACCUUUUUAAAUGGUGUUUCUGAAUUCCAAAAAAGGUUUCCUUGUCGAACCCUGCUCCUUAAAACUCUCAUGCAAUUCAAAAGCUGUCUUGCAGCAUGGUUGUGAUUUGGCACUUAGCUGUGAAUCUUAUAAACAGAAUAGAUUUCUUUCUGUAGGAGCACUUGUGUAUCUAUUUUAAUGUCUUCUAGUUAAAUGUGCACAUACACUAUGUGGACACCUGACCUUCACAGCCAUAUAUGUGGGUCUUCCCUGAACUGUUGCCACAAAAUUAGAAAUACAUAAUUGUCUAUAUAAUGCUUUUGUACACUGUAGCCUUAAGAUUUUUUUUUCACUGGAACUAAAUGGCCCAAACCCAUUUCAUCAUGGCUAUGCCCCUGUGAACAAAGCAAGGUUCAUGGAGCGCAUAAAGACAUGGUUUGCUAUGGUUGGAGUGGAAGAAUUUGAGUGGCCUGCACAGAGCACUGACCUCAACCCCACUGAACACGUUUGGGAUGAACUGGAACGUUGACUACACGCCAGGUUUCCUCACCUGACAUCAGUGCCUGACCUCACUAAUGUUCUUGGGGCUGAAUGGGCAAAUCAGUGGGAUUUUCAAAAAGCACAUACGAGUGUGAUUGGUCAGGUUCAUUCACAUACAUAUAUACAUACACACACAUACGUUCAAAGUGCUGCUCUUUAGAUGACUCUGUAAUUAUAUUUAUUUUGUUAAUUCUGUAUGCAGUUGAUUCCAUGAUUUGGACUUGUUUGUUUUGUGGUUAUGUUGUAUAUUUCGUUGCAUUAAAAUGUUGGAUAUCCGAUGAGGUAGGUGCUUGUGUAAAGCAAAUUUGUCUUUUUUUUUUAAGUCUCUAAAAGAGCAGUUAAAAUGAAUAAAACUGAUCUCUAUUACUGCCUUAUUUUUUUCUUUUUCCUUUUUUUAAAUUUGUUACUACUGUAUUAUAUUGUCCUUGAGAGAAACUGUUCAAUUUAAAGUAUGUUUAUGGAAGUAUAACUUUACAUUUUGGAGAAUGUAAAAACAUGAGUUUAUGUACUGUUAAUAAAAAAAAUUCUCAACA